AUUGUUGCUGAUGGUACAGUUGUAGGUCCCAUUUCUUCUUCCUCUCACUCUCAAUCUGUUGUCAUAGACAGAGUUGAGAGAUGUGUCCAGUAUGAGCUGACUGGUCUCAUGAUAUCUGUCUUCCUGUACUGGGACUCCAUUUACUGUCCACUGGACAGUUGUGGCAGGUCCUCCAUGAGUACGGCAGGAGAUAGUGAAUUCAGGAACACUUGCUCUGAGCUCAGUGUGUAGAGUGAAGUUCAUAGAUACCAAACUGUUUAGUUGUCCU